CGAAACUGCAUAAUUAUGUUCCCCACGCCCUCUGCGGAAUAGAAAUCGAUUAUCAGCUUGAAUUAUGUAGUUGGGACCUAACUGCAAUCUCAUGAUUAAGUCGUCUGGUAGGACUCGUUCGGCAGAUUUUUAUACGAGCAUAGUGCUAAAAAUAGUGAGAAAGAUGAGCGAACAUCUUCUGCAGAGCGAGGACGACUCGGAUUUGGAUUUCGCUUUCGUUCGUGCCUAUUUCCUCGCGAACCUCCGAAAACUUCCGAAGGCCUACAGCUCUAUGGACACAAACCGAGUCACGUUGCUAUUCUUCUGCGUGGCGGCACUGGAUCUGCUUGGAUACCGUUUCGAUACGGAAGAACGCAGGGACAUUGAAGGGUUCGUCUUUUCUUCCGCAACAACGGUUACGGUCAGCUUUUAUCCAUCUUCCUCGGCAUCUCGAUACCCGGUUUCCUUGUAUUUCAUGGGAAAGGGGUCGAGAUGAGCGGACCGAGAUGAAUUCAAGAUGGCUCUAAAGCGGCACUGUUUCCCAAACAAAGGGUGAGUCGUGUUUCGUGCGACGGUUCUGCUGUUGCGGCAGUUGUAGCAGGCGAUAGCGGAGUGGGUCGUGUGGCCGAGAGAGCGCGCGAUGCGGAGAGAAAGGCAAGUAAGGACUUCACCGUCCGCGGCCACGAGGGUCUCACGACAGGAGGACUAAGCACUGCUUCGGCACUAUCGUCAUUGUCCUUGUCGACAACAAGGGAAAAAGAAGCUGAUGCCGCGAGUUUUUCCAUUGCCAACACCUUCGCCGGAUUGAUGAUUAUCAUAAUCUUAUCGCACCAGGAGAAAGAAAACGAUGCAUCUUUAGUAGAGGGACCACCUGGUCCUGAGCGGCUUGCAACUGUGUUGAGACGAAAAGUGGACUCACUGCCAGUAAGGCGGUUGUUGGAUAGGGCACAGCAGUCAGAGGGCAGCAUGGCUGGCGCCCCUUGUGGUGGCGAGGUGGACAUGCGCUUCGCAUACUGCGCUGCGGUACUUUACAGGCUACUUGAAUUAGACAAUAUACGAGAGGAUGAAGGAAAAGGAAGUGAAGAUACCUUAGCAGGCGUGUCACGAUCUAGAAGUCAUGAUGAACCAAUAAAAGACGAGGAGGAGUUUCGCUCUCGUCAAGAAGUUGGAACUUUCAAUUCCAGAAAGUUAGAAAAUGCCAUACUUGCAUGCUGGAAUGUUUUUGGCGGCGGUUUUGGGAUGCAUCCUCGCCUGGAGGCGCACGGCGGGGCGACUUUCUGUGCAAUAUCAGCACUGGUUCUACUUUCAGAAGGGGACGAUGACCAUGAUCGGGAAGAGGGCGAUUUUGAGCGAACGGAAACAAAAGACGAUAUUUCGAAAGAAGAGCAUGGGUUUCUUUCUGCAUACAGCUACAUUGAUCAGCAUUUUGCUACGCCAUUAUUGAAUCUCAACGACCUGUUUUGUGCAGAAGCAAGUCGUGACUGUCCCGAGGGUGAGCGCCAGUUAUCUCCAAGGAGUCGAAAAAGGCAGAAAAAGAGCCACCUGGAGUCGUUGAAAAAGCAAGUCGAGGGGUGGUGCCUUCAACGACAGCAGGCGAAUGGUGGGUUUCAAGGCCGCGUACAAAAAGCGACUGAUUGCUGUUACUCUUUUUGGGUUGGUGCGACGCUGACGCUUUCAGGGACUGGUAUUCCGGACGCAGAGGGAGGAAUUGAAUUCAUCAAGUCCUGUUUCUGUCACCGCAGUGGGGGUUUCAAAAAAUAUCCCUACCAUCCUGCACCGGACUUGUUGCAUUCAUGGGCGUCAAUCUGCGGACUCAGCCUUUGCGGGCAUCCCGCAGUCGGCAAGGUGGAUGCUAGAUUCGGAGUACGUGCGUUCUCUGAAGCGUUUGAGGCGUAGAUUCAUUUGAAACUAGUAAGCCUGAUCGAAUUAGGUUGUUGCUAUCCUCGUUUUGCUGUGUUGAAGUUGAUGGUAUGAAAAUAUGGGAUAGAGCUUGCUCUAUGUAUUGAGAUAAGAGCAUAGAGUUUCGAACCUACUUCUGCGAAAAAGAGGCGAU